AAAAGGGUUUUCCCACUUGUGCCUUGCCUUAGUUUCUCGUAGCAUCGUUCCGCGUUCAUAUAUACCGGACCGUAGCACCAUGGCCCCCAAGAAAGUGGAACCGAAAAAGCCAGAGCCCAAGAAACCUGAGCCGAAGAAGGAGGCAGCACCGGCGGCGAAGAAGGACAUGGCACCAGUGAUUCCGGAUCCUCCAGAGCCACCCAAGGAGCCCGAUUUCGACCCCAAAAGCGUGACCAUCGAGUACACCGCCGACCAGAUCGAGGAGUUCAAGGAGGCCUUUACCCUCUUUGACCGCACGGCCAAGGGGGAGAUGAAGAUCACUUAUGCGCAGUGUGGUGACGUGAUGCGCGCUCUGGGCCAGAACCCCACCAACGCUGAGGUGAUGAAGGUGCUGGGCAAGCCUAAGCCCGAGGAGAUGAAUAGCAAGUUUCUGGAUUUCGAUACCUUCUUGCCCAUGCUGCAGCACAUCUCACGCUCCAAGGACCAGGGGAACUUUGAGGACUUUGUGGAGGGUCUACGAGUCUUUGACAAGGAAGGCAAUGGCACCAUCAUGGGGGCAGAGCUGCGGCACGUCCUGGUCACGCUAGGGGAGAGGAUGACUGAAGACGAGGUCGAGCAGCUCAUGGCCGGCCAAGAAGAUACCAAUGGCUGUAUCAAUUACACCUCUUUUGUCAAACACAUCCUGUCUGGGUGAGCUGGACUUUCACUGAGACUCUUUUUUUGUCCUUUUUCAUUAUAUAAUUUUUAUCUGGAGACUCAUCACCAAAUAUUUCUCCUAAUAUGAAAUAAUUCCAAAGAAGUAUGACACAGAAUGUUUUGGUGGUUUUUAUUUGUUUCAAGCAUCUUAUUACAUUUGUAGAUUUAUUACGCCUAUCAAACCUAGAUAAGUUUUAGCUUUUUUUUCCCUGUGUUAGUAAUGCAACCAAUAAAUGAAUUAUAUAAAAAUACGAUAAAUUAUACACAUAAUGGCCUCAUAAGUGGGGCACGGGCAUGCUUUGGAUAUGAGAAAUAAAAUCAUAUUUCAAGUCA